ACCAAAAAGCUAAUUUUUGUUUUCCUGCAUUCUUACGAUAUAAGAAUUUUGACUUUGUGGCUGUAGUAACUAGUGGAAUUCCUCCGGAGCCGAAUUCGUUACGCCAUUGUACAAUUAGUUUAUUUUUCAGACUUUGGAAACACUUUUCUAGCUCAGUUGUCUGUUCGGUGUUGAAACUAUAGGGAAUCCGGUAGUGAUAAGAGGACGAGCGUGACUGAACAACAGCUGACAUCAUGGCAACGGACUCCUGGGCCCAGGCUGUGGACGAACAAGAAGCCGCGGCAGAAUCGGUAAGCACGAGCCGAACUGCGUUUUGCCGAAAUGUUGGUGCAUGGGCCUAUGCUUCGGAUAGUUAGCUACCUACUGCGUUCUUUGGCUAUCCAUUUUGUUUAAACUUGGCAAUUUACCUAAAUUUAUUGUAAACAAUGAACAUUGUAUGCAUGACUCAGUCUCCCUCAAUCCUAAAACCACUCAACAUCAUGAUGACUAACGCUAGUUAGUUAACCAAGUGAGCUAACAUUCUAACUUGGCUAGCCAGAUCAACUACUAACAAGUGGUUGUUUUGAUGGUAUUGCAUGACGCUACGCUUAUUACACACAAUUUGAUUUCGUACCAGAUUUCAAUUAUUGCUUCUCACGACAUGUCCAUGAGCAUGCCAUCUGUCCAGGGAGCUGAAGAUUCCUAAGUGGCCGGGCAUGCGUGUGUGAAUAGUGGAUAAUGUUUACCCACUCACCGACCUGUCAGUGAACUAGGCUGUCAGUUGUCUGAGUCAAAGUUAGCCCUUCUCAUGACUCCAAUGGGUUCUCGAUAACUAAGUCAAAGCCAGUAAUCGGUCUUUGUUUGUAAUUGAAAGUGUGCAUCUGGCUUGCCCUGAAAUGACAAGUAAUAAUAUAUUAUAAUAUAAUCAAAAUUCCUGCACAUCCCAAAAAACUGUGUUUUUGUUUCCUAGAUUGGUAGCCUGCAAAUCAAAGACAAGCCUGAGGAAAAUGGUAAGAUAAGUUCUCAGCCUCUUAGGCCUAUAAACAUAUUUUCUUUAAAAAUGGAUACUUUGUCCUGAGAAUACAAGCUAACAAGCUAACAAAUAACAUGUUGAACCCACACAGGCACAGCAAGCACGGCAACAACAACCACAGCAGCAGCAGCAAGUGCUUCAACGCCUGCAAAGACAGAAGGAGGCGAGGGAGACAAAACAGGGGAGGAAGACCACAAAGGUGGGCACAACCAAGACAACAGACCAUUACAGCUUGGCCUCACAGAAUACUGUAACUUAUUUAUAGUAGCGUUGAGCUUGCUUCGACAGCAAGCCUGGGUCGCCUUCAAUGAUCAAAUGUUCAUGGAAAUGUUCAAUGUUGUCAAACUGGUGUUGUCAAAGUACUAUUUCAUGACUGCUACAUUCUGACAUCUCUUCUGGUGUAUUUUAUGUUCCUUAGAUGACAAGGCGGCACAAUCGUUGUUGAAUAAGUUGAUACGCAGUAAUCUAGUGAACACAACCAAUCAAGUAGAGGUCCUUCAGCGGGAUCCUAACUCUCCACUCUACUCUGUCAAAUCAUUUGAGGAGCUGCGGCUGUAAGUAAAGCUACAAACAGUCCAGCUAUAAACGGUGAAGAGUGCACAUACAGGGGUUGUGUUCAUUAUGCACCAAAUGGAAGAAAACGGACUGAAAUGGGCAUGGAAUACCUGAACUUGCCUGAAAAAAAUUCAGUUGCGUGUCCUAUAGAACACGACCAAUGUGUUAUGAAUGUGUUUUUCCCAUGGUGCCCUGUCCCCUUUUCUCUCUUUAAAGCUCCAAUGCAGCCAUUUUUUAUCUCUAUCAAAUAAUUUCUGGUUAACAAUUAAGUACCUUACUGUGAUUUGUUUUCAAUUAAAAUGGUAAAAAAGAAGCAAAUAUCUGCUUAGCAAUGAGCAAUUUCUCAAGCAAUAACUUUGUUAGGACUGCCUUGGAGUGGUCUGAGUGAGGGGCCCAACUGAGCUACAUCCCUGCCGGCCAUUCCCUCCCCUACCCUGGGCCAAUUGUACGCCGCCCCAUAGGUCUCCCGGUCACGGCCGGCUACGACAGAGCCUGGAUUGGAACCAGGAUCUCUAGUGCGAUGCAGUGCCUUAAACCACUGCGCCACUCGGGAGACUUCAAACAGCUCUUACACUAAAAGUGCAUUAUCAUUUUCACAAUUUCACAGUUUUAUUCCAACCUCAUAGUGUGGAAAUAAAACACAAGAAAAUCACGUUUUUGACUGCACUGGGCAUUUAAAACUCACUUUGUGUCCUUUUCCCCCCUUCCCGUCCUCACAGUAAACCUCAGCUGCUUCAGGGAGUAUACGCCAUGGGCUUCAACCGCCCCUCCAAAAUCCAAGAGAACGCUUUACCCAUGAUGCUCGCAGAACCGUGAGUUUACAGUGAGCUUCCUCUAGAUUUGAGUUAAAACAUGAGAUCACUACCAAGAGUCUACCUCCCUAUAAUUCCAUCCUCACUCUCUAUCUUGCUCUUCCCCAUUUCAUUAAUUUUCAUUUAACUUCUCUGCAUGGCCAUUAAACGAUCGUCAAGCUCUCUCAUGCCUCUCUCCUGGCGACUUCUCUCUCUUUGUUGAUCUGUCCCGUGCUCUCGCGGCUGCCAGCCCACAGAACCUGAUAGCCCAGUCUCAGUCGGGGACGGGGAAGACGGCUGCCUUCGUCCUGGCCAUGCUCAGUCACGUCGACCCCAACAACAAGUUUCCUCAGGUGAGUCUGACCUCUGAACCCUGACCCUUGACCUCUCUGGGUUAUAUUCAUUAGGACACAUAGAAAACGUGUUUGCUUGUUUUUUAAAAUCCAGUUCCAGGUAGUACCUCCAAACGUGCCUAAUGAACAUGACCCAGGUGUAAAGGGGCACGACUGCGUGGGUAGUGUCUCCAUUGUUCAUAGUGGCAUAUUUUGGGCAUUAGCAGGUGAGAUGUCUAAUACCACUUUUAUCUAACACCUUCCUCUCUCCCACAGUGUCUGUGUGUGUCUCCCACUUAUGAGCUGGCCCUGCAGACAGGGAAGGUCAUUGAGCAGAUGGGGAAGUACUACUCAGAGGUCAAACUAGUCUACGCCAUCAGAGGAAACAAAUGUAAGUCUACUACUUAGUCCUUAACUGUCUCUUAACUAGGGUUGCAAUGUCCUCUUAAAACUGCACAAAUGCAAAGUCAAGGACAGGAAAAGUCGAGGACUGGGGGAAAUUUAUUUUAAACUGGCAGAGUAAUUACACAUGUAAAAUUGUUUUGCAUCACCAUGAUGCUCAGCAUGUCUAGUGUUAACUGAUUUUACAAACAGCCUGUGUAAGAGUAGGGUAAACACUGGUAUGACUAUUUUCUUCACACUGUACUGAGCUGACCUAGUUACUCAUCCACCAGAAUUGCCGGAACGGUGCUGAAAAGGACAAUGUGAAAAUUAACUAGAUGGUAAUUUUACAUGAAGUACAAUUAGUGGGACUUGUUUUAACUCUUAACAAGUAUUUUUGUGGUAGUGGUAGAAGUUUAAAAAAUGUUACUUUACUAUUUAAAGCAAAGCAGUUACAUAUAGUCCAAGUUAAAUUUAGUAAAAUAAUUGAACUGAUUACUUUGAUAGACCACUAUAUCAACCAUUAUAUUACUUUGGAUUGUGGGGCAGUUUCUAAACUACAGUUGUUGCAUGUUAAAACUAAAAGAAGAAAGACAUAAGACAAAGCGAUCUGUCAGAAGAUGGAAAUUAAAAGCAGGAUCAUGUGGACAACACUUUUAGGAAAGCAAAGCAACUCUGAAUCGUUCAUGCUGUGUAAAACGUUCAGUGUAAAGAAAGUUUGAUUUCAGUUGAAUAAUGAUGCAAUGAUUAGAACGUUUUAGGCUAUUAUUUGGGGAGAGAAAUAUGAUGGUGCAUUUAGUGAUGACGGCUCAUUACAAUUAUUUUUAUGGUAGUUGGAACUAUGUAGAAUAGGUUUGUAUGUAGACCUACUGAUAGCUAGCUGUAGUUCUACGUAAUAAAUCAACUUUUUAGGCUACCAUUGAUCACUGGAAAGUACAUUCCUAAAGUGAAUGUGGUGUGUUUGCUAGCUUGUUUGAAAGUAUGUAUGGUUUUGAAAUCUGCUAUAAUAAUGGUAGUGCCUGCAGUACUAAUGGUGGUGACUGGUUAUAGUUGGAAAAGUAGGUAGAUGAAAAGGUAGGAUAGCCUGAAUAUUUGAAAGUUGGUUUGGUGUCUCUAGCUUGAACGGUUCAAGAGUUACUGUUGGUGAGUUAUAUUAUGCUAAUUCACAUUUACAUAUGCUAAUUUACAUUUGAAUUUAGGAUAGCCUGAGCAUGUGAACGUUGGUUUGGUUUCUUUUUAUCUUGAAUGCUUCAAGAAUGACUGAUGGUCAGUUAUUUCAUACAAAUGUAUGCACAUUUAUAUAGUUAUAGUUGAUAAGUGUUAAAGAAUUUGAAGUUAGGAUAGUCUGAACAUGUUGGUUUGGUGUCUCUAGCUUGAACGGUUCAAGAAUUACUGUUGGUGAGUUGUUUUAUGCAAAUGUGGGCACAUUUAUUUAGUUAUAGUUUAUAAAAGUGUUAAAGAAUUUGAAAGCCUGAAUGCAUUGGUGGUCGGUGCCGUUUAAGAUGAGGGAAGAUGAUUAUUUGUUAUUAUGAACAUGGCCUUAUUUCUAUUACAGCAUAUUGGAUGACUGUCAUUCAUAUUCCAUUCACCCAGUUCAAUGUAACAUCGAUCGGUUUAGACUACUACAGUAUACUCGAGAUAAAAAUUUGAGGUGAUAGACACAUGGAUGGACAGUGACGUAUUCAAUACCUCCUUGCACACUCUUGCCUGCAUCUAGCUGAUCUAGGGUGUAAUCAUUAGUCCAACAGUUGCAAACAAUAGUUUUUAUUGGACAAAUUCAGGUAUGUUUAUCCCCGUUUUGUUCCGUUUGCUUCUGUUUAAGAAAAGUUUUUUUCAACAGAAUCGGCAGAAUGAAUACAACCCUGAUCACAUGUGAACAUAGUUCACUUUCAUAGCUACGCACUCUCCUCCUCUCACCUUUUCCCUUCGAUUGUGGACUUCAAUGCACAACACAUCAGCUGUAUGUGACCAGGCAAAAAAUACUUUCCUAGCCAAAUCAUAUCAUAACCGCUACACAUAGCCUACAUCGUUGUCACCACAUUAGCUAAAGUAAGGUCAUAGUCAACAUAGCUAAUAGAACUAACGCGUUAGUAAACCCGCUACAAUCAUGCAGUACAGUGUACAGUCAGUAAGCAGUUUAGCAGUUACACCGGUGGGCCCCGGUGCUAAUAGAUUAGGACAACCAAAAGCUUACCUUGACUUGGAAGAGGACCAGUGUUGUGUAGGAUAGUCAUAGCCAGCUAGCUAACAUAGUAUCCCUCUGUUUGGGUACGCUAAACUAGCUAACUGCAUUUGCUAGCUAAGUGAAAGUGGGGGGAAAAUGACGAGAUAUCUCUAUCUCUCUCUUGCUUCUCCUUCAUUUUUGAAUAAAUUAAUUUGUUAACUGUUCAACUAUUGUAUUUCUCUCUUUGAGUCAACUACUCGCCACAUUUUAUGCAAAUAGAAUCAAAUCAAAUUGUAUUGGUCACAUACACAUAUUUAGCAGAUGUUAUUGCGGGUGUAGCGAAAUGCUUGUGUUCCUAGCUCCAACAGUGCAGUAGUAUCUAACAAUACACAAAACUAAAAGUUAAAGAAUGGAAUUAAGAAAUAUAUAAAUAUCAGGACGAGCAAUGUUGGAGUGGCAUUGACUAAAAUACAGUAGAAUAGAAGACAGUAUAUACAUAUGAGAUGAGCAAAGCGGUAUGUAAACAUUAUUAAAGUGACUAGUGUUCCAUUAUUAAAGUGGCCAAUGAUUCCAUGUCUAUGUAUAUAGGGCAGCAGCCUCUAAGGUGCAGGGUUGAGUAGCCGGCUAGUGAUGGCUAUUUAACAGUCGGAUGGCCUUGAGAUAGAAGCUGUUUUUCAGUCUCUCAGUCCCAGCUUUGAUGCACCUGUACUGACCUUGCCUUCUGGAUGAUAGAGGGGUGAACAGGCCGUGGCUCGGGUGGUUGAUGUCCUUGAUGAUCUUUUUGGCCUUCCUGUGACAUCGGGUGCUGUAGGUGUCCUGGAGAGCAGACAGUGCCAAGAGUGUGCAAAGCUGUCAUCAAGGCAAAGGGUGGCUAUUUGAAGAAUCUCAAAUAUGAAAUAUAUUUUGAUUUGUUUAACACUUUUUUGGUUACUACAUUAUUCCAUACGUGUUAUUUCAUAGUUUUGAUGUUUUCACUAUUAUUCUACAAUGUAAAAAAUAAAAAUACAGAAAAACCCUUGAAUGAGUAGGUGUGUCCAGACUUUUGACUGGUGGUGUACCUGUAAAGCCUCCCCUAACCCGUACGACGCUGGGCCAAUUGUGCGCUGCCCUAUGGGACUCCCGAUCACAGCCGGUUGCGAUACAGCCCGGGAUCGAACCCGGGUCUGUAGUGAUGCCUCUAGCACCGCGAUGCAGUGCCUUAGACCCCUGCGCUACUCGGGAGGUGCAGCGGUCUCUCUCUCGAAGCAACGCCCACCUCUACUAGUGCCCCGUCUAAUCCAAUCGCGUGGUUAUAUGCAAAUACAAGAAGCUGCGUCUUACCAGUAUCUUUGUUAAUAUAGCUUGUUAAAAAUAGAAGGAAGUUGACUCUGAAAACCGUAUAUUCAACGACGAGUGGACGCAACAAUAUGUAUUCAUUCUCCCCGCAACUAGCACAAAACCAAUGUGCCUGAUAUGCACCAAGUCCUUCACUCUCAUGAAAAGUGCCAACGUUAAACGCCGUUAUGACACCAGACAUAGUAAAUUCGAUCAGAUGUAUCCCCUGAACAAACAAGAUUAACCAACUCAAAUCCCAAUAUCCACCAAAGUCCUUGUCAAUUCCCUGACAGCCCAACAACGUGCAAUGGAGUGUUCACUAAGGAUAGCUUGGGUUUUGGGAAAACACAAAAAAACUUUGUCAGAUGGUAAAAGAAUGCAUGUGUGAAGUUGCUGACACCUUGCUUGAAGGUAAACCAAAAGAUGAGCUCAGGGGAAAGGAUCAAACAGAUCCCACUGUCAUAUUCCACAGCAAUGAGAACUGAAAUAUUAGCUGAAGAUUUUACUUAACAACUUGAUGAGGCCAUUCAGAAUGCACCAUGCAUUUCAUUAGCUGUGGAUGAAUCCACAGAUAAUGCCCAGCUUCUGGUGUUUGUCAGAUUUUAUAACGAAACAAAGAAGGGAUUCUGUGAGGAGCUGUUGGGCUUAACACAUCUAGAAGCACACACACGGGGAGAGGAUAUCCUGACAAAAAGGGAUGCUGACAAAAAGGGGAAUAGAUCUGAAGUCCGUGGUCUCCAUCACCACAGAUGGAGCUCCAGCCAUGAUAGGAAGAGGGAGGGGACUGGUUGCACGUUUGAAAGAGGACCACCCUGACCUGACAUCACUGCAUCAUCCAUCAAUCUGUCCUAUGUGCCAGUCUGGGAAAAUAGUAUUCUGAGGUCAUGACGAUGAUGAAACUGAUCAACUUUUUGAGAGCAACAUCAUCCCGACAACACCGCCUGCCUGAUAUGAGGCAUUCUGACAGAGGCCAAUGCCAGUUUUGAGGACUUAAUACUGCACAACAAUGUCAGAUGGCUCAGCAAAGGCAGGGUUUUGGAAUGCUUUUGGGCCAUUCGGGAGGAAAUAAAAGCUUUCUUAUCAGAACAAAAGAGUGAUAAGGCAACUCAGUUUUCUGAGUUUUUGGAAGAUGAGGAGAAUAUGGAAACAGUAGCAUUUUUGACAGACAUUACAUCGCACCUUAAUCAACUGAAUGUUAAUCUGCAGGGACGGGACAACACAGUGUGUGGUAUGAUAACAGCAGUCCGGGCUUUCCAGAAGAAAUUUGAGCUUUUCAAGAAUGAUCAUGGAGAACUUGUCCACUUCCCCAAUCUUCUGGUGCAAAUGCAGGGAGACAUAGAUGUUCCCAACCAUGUUGAUUUCAUCCAGAAGCUGAUGGAUAACUUCAAGGCUCGCUUUGAUGACUUCACUGUUGGAAGAUAACUGCUGCUGCUCAUCCAAAACCCCUUCUUGGUCACAAAUGUGACAAAGUUGUCAGAAGAAGCAAAACAGAUCUUCAGAUGGGUAGAUGUUGCAUCACUGCAAAUGGAGUUAAUUGAGCUGCAAGAAAAUGUGGCUUUGAAGGAGCAGGCUGGUGAUUUGUGACCCUGUCACUUUCUGGGGAAAGAUGGUGCCUGCAGCUGAUGUCCCUUUUCUCAAGAAACUGGUACAAUACAUCCUGACCAUGUUUGGCUCCACAUACAGCUGUGAAUCAGCCUUAUCCACAAUGAACUUUAUUAAAAACAAAUACCGCACCAGGCUCACCAAUGAACACUUGCACCAGUGUCUCAGAGUUUCUCUCACAUAAUUUGUGCCAAAAUUCAAAGCAUUGGCAAGGCCCAGAGUGACUUAUACAUGCAUAUUGCAUGGCCCACAGUGACGUUCUGUGCCUUCAGAUUAUUAUUUUUCUUCAACCCUCCUUUGCUCUCCAGAAAACAUGCACUUGAUUUUAUUUAAAUGUUUUUUUUUUAAUUCAAGGCCCAUUCACAGUGCACUUUUUUGCAUAGACUGUUAUGCAACUUUUAUUCUUCAGCAAUGUUGAUGCAAUGUUGCACAUGUUUACAUUCAAAAGAAAGUUGUAAUUAAUUGAAAUUCUUAGUCUCAUUUAAUGUACAUUUUAUAUAACAUGUUUCCUAAGUCGUAGACGACUGGGUUUGUUACUACGCUGUACCACAGCGCCGAUAAAGGCCGAAAUCCAUCCGGACCUUUGCCACCUAGGAAAUGUGUGUCAGUGGAACUUCUCAAAUAGUAGUUGAGUACCCCUGCUUUACAAUGUUGAAAAAAGUCCCAUUUUAAAGUGAAUGGAUGGACAAAAAGAAAGACAAAGUAUAAAAGAUGUUUAAAAAAAAUUUAUGCAAGCAACCUAAUCCAGAUCAGUCUACACGUUCUAAAGGUUGAAUGGCGUUUCUAGCUUGGAACAGUGUAAGAUGAGUAGCAGGCAGAAGAAGAAUAAGAAGUAUGACGAAGAUCUAAAGUCGGGACUUUUGCUUCGCAGGUCUCACCUAAAUAUCAGACCCACAGUUUGGUUUGGGUCAGCACUAUAGCGUGAAAAGGGUAAUAAUCUCUCUCUUCCUCUCCCCCCAGUGCAGAGAGGCACGCAGCUCCAGGAGCAGGUAGUGAUUGGGACGCCAGGCACCAUGCUGGACUGGUGUCUGAAGUUUAAAUUCAUCGACCCCAAGAAUAUUAAAGUGUUUGUCCUGGAUGAGGCUGAUGUUAUGAUUGCUACACAGGGACACCAGGACCAGAGCAUACGCAUUCAAAGGUACACACACACACACACACAGAUCCCCUCUGCCCUCUGUGUUUAAGGAUAUUGCCUAAAAAAAACACAUGCCACACUGACCCCUUUUCCCCCUCUCUCUCGCUCUGUAUUUUAGGAUGCUACCCAAACAGUGUCAGAUGCUCCUGUUCUCUGCCACGUUUGAGGAGACUGUGUGGAACUUUGCCCAGCGCAUCGUCCCAGAACCCAACAUCAUCAAGCUGAAGAGGGAAGAGGAGACGCUGGACACCAUCAAGCAGUACUACGUCCUCUGUAACAGCAAAGAGGAGAAGUUCAUGGCCCUCUGCAACAUCUACGGAGCCAUCACCAUUGCUCAGGCCAUGAUCUUCUGUCAUGUGAGUUAGAGGAGUUAUUCAGGGCAAGUAAUCUGGAUGUUUGCAGGUGCAGAAUCACUAAUCAUGAUCAUAUAAUGAGUAGUUAUUUGGGAAGCAAGGUGAUUUGUAGAUCAGUGAUUCUGAGCUGUCUGACUGCAGUGUAGUCGAUCUCAAUAUAUUUUAUUUAUUCACAGAUAAGAGAUGUGAAAUAUCAGGACAUUUUCAAAUCCCAACUGCCAAGCCUUAAAUCUGAACAUUUUAAUAGAUGUAAGCAGUAUGACAAAAAAGGCCUGUUACCAUAUUGCUUAAAACUAUUUGAUCAUCUCAGAUCUACACAAGGGGCUAGGGGAGCGGUUUCAAGUGGGUAGGGGGUUGAUUUAGGAUGUGGUGUUCCUCUCAGACAGUAUAUUUUAUCCCCCUUCUCUGUCCCCAUUCUCCCUCAGACAAGGAAGACGGCGGGCUGGCUGGCAGGUGAGCUGUCCCGGGAGGGACACCAGGUGGCGCUGCUCAGUGGGGAGAUGCAGGUGGAGCAGAGAGCUGCUGUCAUCGACCGCUUCAGAGAAGGAAAGGAGAAGGUCCUGGUCACCACCAACGUCUGCGCCAGAGGUAACUCAACCAACCAUACUAACAGGAGCUUUGAAUACAUUUUAAUUGAAUUGAAUGAACUGUAUUGACCCCAGUGGAAAUUGUCUACAGUAUAGGACUCACUCAGGGACAAUACACACAGACAUGCAUCAGAACACACAGACCUGAGAGCUCUUCUAGAGAAAUACUUUUAGUUAAGGUAGUCAUACAAGAACAACUCUGUGACUACUGCACAUGGCUGUAGUAGACUGAUACAUUACACAGGUAUAUCUCUACUUGGAAAACUAUUGAAUACACUACCUUUUAAAAUGUUCUGUCCAUCCACCCGUUCUCAUCUGUCUGUUUCUGACCUCUGACCCUCCCUUCAGGUAUCGACGUGGAGCAGGUUUCCGUGGUGAUAAACUUUGACCUGCCGGUGGACAGAGACGGUAACCCAGACAAUGAGACAUACCUGCACCGGAUUGGCCGCACGGGUCGUUUUGGGAAGAGGGGAUUGGCCAUCAACAUGGUGGACAGCAAGUUCAGCAUGAACGUCCUCAACAAGAUCCAGGAUCACUUCAGUAAGUCACGAUGGAAAUGUUAUGUUGUGCAAUAUUUCUCUACAUGAUUUUCUGCAUGCUAUAUGACACAGAAAUAAUUAUCAUAAUCGCCAACCAAGAACAAAAUAACAAAACUUCCAAAGUAGUCUAAUGUCCAGUGUAGAGAUUUAUCCAGAUAACUAGUCAUCCUUUUUCUUUUAAGGUAUAUGUUUUUCCAUGAGACUAUAGUCUUUAGAAUGACCUAAUCCUUAUUUCCCAUCAUCCACAGAUAAGAAAAUUGAGAAGCUGGACACAGAAGAUCUGGAUGAGAUUGAAAAAAUCGCCAGCUGAAGAGAGUCUGUACGUCUACAACCUGACUGCUCUAGCCUCAGCCCCCUUCUUACCUUCCACACCAAGCCCCUCAGAUUCCUCCGCCCCCCAAACCCCCACGGACUGUACUCCUACAGUGUUUUAGAUUUGUAUUUUUGCGUCGGAGAGAAGAGUAAAGCCACAAACACAGCUAUAAUGUUUACAUGUGGUGGAAAUGUUUUAUAUCUCUGAUAUUUUAAUAAGUCUCUGAAAUGUACCGGUUUCACUCUUUGUACUUUCUUAAUGAGUAAAGUCUGUAAUAUUAGGUUAUAAUUAUUUUAUGUCUAAGUGUGCAUUGUAAUGGCAUGAUACAUUGGUAGGUUUGGAGCACAAUGGAUUGAGCUUAUGAAAAACAUUUAUUUAUGCAAAUUAAUUUUACUAAUAGUACCGGUAUCUUCCCUGCUCAAGCAUUUAUUUUGGUGGAGUGGAAACAAGCGCUCUCAUUUUACAUCGAUUUUUGUAUAAAGGCCCAGUGCAGUCAAAGAUGUGAUUUUCCUGUGUUUUAUUUUUCCACCCUGAGGUUGGAAUAAUACUGUAAAAUUGUGAAAAUGAUAAUGCCUUUUAAGUGUAAGAGCCGUUUGAAAAGACUACAUGAAAUUUCAGCCUGUUUUUGUGGGAGGAAGUUUUCACCAUAUGGCAAAUUAGUUAAUAGACCAAUAAGAAAGAGUUCCAAACCUCUCUGCCAAUAACAGAUAAUUAUUGGGGGCCAGGACUGAGUUUGGGGAACCCUGACUCAGACCACUCCCAGACAGUCGUAGCAAAAUUCUUGAUUGAGAAAUUGCCCUUUGCUAAGAAGCUAUUUUUGUUUCUUUUUGAUCAUUUUAAUUGAAAACAAUCACACUAAGGUACUUAAUUGUUAACUAGAAAUGAUUUGAUAUUAGGGUAAACAGCUGCAUUGGACCUUUAACCCAGUCCCUGAUCACCAACAUGAAUGAGAUUUCCAGGGAAGCAUAGUGCAUAAUCAGGAACAUUUGUUGAAUGCUUUAAGAUUUUUGUUAUAUGUGAAUGCUUUGCAAUGAAUACAAGAAUUCUGAUAAGUAGUACAAAGAGUGAAAUAAUGUAUUGUUUUGAGAGGUUUU